CCAGAACCCAGCUGUGUCUCCUUUAAGAGCGACAUGUCAAAGGAUGUGAUCAUUUUCUUUAAAUCUCCUGGAUCUCCACCAUCAGAGAGGAUCCAUCAGAGACUCAAACCAGAACCAGAACUAAAACCAAAACCCAGCUGGUUGUCCUGUAAGGGUAACAGGUCACUGCAUAAACCCCAUGAUUUUAAUCUCCUGGAUCUCCACCAUCAGAGAGAGUGGACCAGCAGAGCUCAGAGGUUCCCAGUGAUCCUUCUGCCAAGCAGCAUCAAACAGAGCUGGACUCCAUAUUUAUGCUGUUGGAGCACAACAUUGUCACUUAUGUGAAGAAAGAGCUGAAGAAGAUCCAAAAAGUUCUGACUCCAGAGGACCAAGAAUGCUCAGUGAGACAGAGAGAUGAUGAUGAGAUGUUGGGAGGUGAGGAUGAGGAGCAAAGGAAGAGCAGCAGAAAGGCAGUGAUGAAGAUCACACUGAACUUCCUGAGGAAGAUGAAGCAGGAGGAGCUGGCUGACCGUCUGGAAAGCAAACAUCGUGACCCAGUUUGUCAACAUCAACUUAAAUCUGGUCUGAAGAAGAAGUUCCAGUCUGUGUUUGAGGGGAUUGCUAAAGCAGGAAGUCCAACCCUUCUGAACCAGAUCUACACAGAGCUCUACAUCACAGAGGGAGGGACUGGAGAGGUCAAUGAUGAACAUGAGGUCAGACAGAUUGAAAUAGCAUCCAGGAAACCACACAGACCAGAAACAACAAUCAGACAAGAAGACAUCUUUAAAGUCCCACCUGGAAGAGAUCAACCAAUCAGAACAGUGAUGACAAAGGGAGUGGCUGGCAUUGGGAAAACAGUCCUAACACAGAAGUUCACUCUGGACUGGGCUGAAGACAAAGCCCACCAGAACAUCCAGUUCAUAUUUCCAUUCACGUUCAGAGAGCUGAAUGUGCUGAAAAAGAAAAAGUUCAGCUUGGUGGAACUUGUUCAUCAUUUCUUUAGUGAAACCAAAGAAAUCUGCAGCUUUGAACGCUUCCAGGUUCUGUUCAUCUUUGAUGGCUUGGAUGAGAGUCGACUUCCACUGGACUUCCACAACAAGGAGAUCCUGACUGAUGCUACAGAGUCCAGCUCAGUGGAUGUUCUGCUGACAAACCUCAUCAGGGGGAAACUGCUUCCCUCUGCUCUCCUCUGGAUAACCACACGACCUGCAGCAGCCAAUCAGAUCCCUCCUCAGUGUGUUGGCAUGGUGACAGAGGUCAGAGGGUUCAAUGACCUUCAGAAGGAGGAGUACUUCAGGAAGAGAUUCAGAGAUGAGAAGCAGGCCAGCAGGAUCAUCUCCCACAUGAAGACAUCACGAAGCCUCCACAUCAUGUGCCACAUCCCACUGUUCUGCUGGAUCACUGCUACAGUUCUGGAGGAUGUGUUGGAGACCAAAAAGAGAGGAGAGCUGCCCAGAACCCUGACUGAGAUGUACAUCCACUUCCUGGUGGUUCAGACCAAAGUGAAGAAGGUCAAGUAUGAUGGAGGAGCUGAAACAGAUCCACACUGGAGUCCAGAGAGCAGGAAGAUGAUCAAGUCUCUGGGAAAACUGGCUUUUGAUCAGCUGCAGAAAGGAAACCUGAUCUUCUAUGAAUCAGACCUGACAGAGUGUGGCAUCGAUAUCAGAGCAGCCUCAGUGUACUCAGGAGUGUUCACACAGAUCUUUAAAGAGGAGAGAGGUCUGCACCAGGACAAGGUGUUCUGCUUCAUCCAUCUGAGUGUUCAGGAGUUUCUGGCUGCUCUUCAUGUUCAUCUGACUUUCAUCAACUCUGGAGUCAACCUGUUGGAAGAAACACAAACAUCUAAGAAAUCGUCACUAUUUAAUAAACCUGAACUAAAGUCUCUCCAUCAGAGAGCUGUUGACCAGGCCUUACAGAGUCCAAAUGGACACCUGGACUUGUUCCUCCGCUUCAUCCUGGGACUUUCACUGCAGACCAAUCAGAGACUCUUACAAGGUCUGGUGACAAAGACAGGAAGUACAUCACAGACCAAUCAGGAAACAGUUCAGUACAUCAAGGAGAAGAUCAGUGAGAAUGUGUCUGCAGAGAAAAGCAUCAAUCUGUUCCACUGUCUGAAUGAACUGAAUGAUCGUUCUCUAGUGGAGGAGAUCCAACAGUCUCUGAGUUCAGGACGUCUCUCCACAGAUAAACUGUCUCCUGCUCAGUGGUCAGCUCUGAAUUUCAUCUUAGUGUCAUCAGGAAAAGAUCUGGAUGUGUUUGACCUGAAGAAAUACUCUGCUUCAGAGGAGGUUCUUCUGAGGCUGCUGCCAGUGGUUAAAGCCUCCAACAAAGCUCUACUGAGUGGCUGUAACCUCUCAGAGAGAAGCUGUGAAGCUCUGUCCUCAGUUCUCAGCUCCCAGUCCUCCAGUCUCAGAGAACUGGACCUGAGUAACAACAACCUGCAGGAUUCAGGAGUGAAGCUUCUCUCUGCUGGACUGAAGAGUCCAAACUGCAACCUGGAAACUCUCAGCUUAUCAGGCUGUUUGGUCUCAGAGGAAGGCUGUGCUUCUCUGGCCUCAGCUCUGACCUCCAACCCCUCCCAUCUGAAAGAGUUGGACCUGAGCUACAAUCAUCCAGGAGACUCAGGAGUGAAGCUGCUGUCGGCUGGACUGAAGGAUCCACACUGGAGACUGGAAGCUCUCAGACUGAGUGGCUGUAACCUCUCAGAGAGAAGCUGUGAAGCUCUGUCCUCAGUUCUCAGCUCCCAGUCCUCCAGUCUCAGAGAACUGGACCUGAGUAACAACAACCUGCAGGAUUCAGGAGUGAAGCUUCUCUCUGCUGGACUGAAGAGUCCAAACUGCAACCUGGAAACUCUCAGCUUAUCAGGCUGUUUGGUCUCAGAGGAAGGCUGUGCUUCUCUGGCCUCAGCUCUGACCUCCAACCCCUCCCAUCUGAAAGAGUUGGACCUGAGCUACAAUCAUCCAGGAGACUCAGGAGUGAAGCUGCUGUCGGCUGGACUGAAGGAUCCACACUGGAGACUGGAAGCUCUCAGGGUGGAGCCUGCUGGAGGCCGAUUCUUGACUCCAGGUCUGAGGAAAUAUUCCUGUCAACUCACCAUCGACACAAACACAGUGAGCAGAAACCUCAAACUGUCUGAAGACAACAGGAAGGUGACACAUGAGGAGUUUCAGUCAUAUCCUGAUCAUCCAGACAGAUUUUAUCAUCCUCAGCUGCUGUGUAGAACUGGUCUAACUGGUCGCUGUUACUGGGAGGUUGAGUGGAGUGGAGAUGUUGAUAUAUCAGUGAGUUACAGAAGAAUCAAGAGGAAAAGAAUUGGUAGAGACUGUUUGUUUGGAUAUAAUGAUCAUUCCUGGAGUCUGAACUGCUCUGAUCGUCAGGGUUACUUUGUCUUGCACAAUAACAUAGAAACUCGUCUCUCCUCCUCCUCUGUCUCUAACAGAGUAGCAGUGUAUGUGGACUGUCCUGCUGGCAUUCUGUCCUUCUACAGAGUCUCCUCUGACUCACUGAUCCUCCUCCACACCUUCAACACCACAUUCACUGAACCUCUGAUUCCUGGAUUUGGGGUCUGGUCUUAUGGUUCUUCAGUGUUUCUGAGCUGAUUUGAGUCUAAAGUUUUUCCUCCUGUCAGAGAAACUCUCUCACUGUUGAACAGAUAGUUCAGUCUCUACAAUCUAUUUCUUGGUGAAAAGAUUCUGACUGAUUCCUUGGAAACUUUUUCUUCUUCCAGUCCUUUAAAGAUGGAAGCUGGGAUUAUUCCAGGAUUUUUCCAGGAUUAUUCCAGGAUCCAGAUUUUGAUUUUCUUUUUUGAUUUUCACCGCUAUGCGGUACUGAGGAGGAAACUUUAAAACAGUUUUAAUGUAACUUUCUCUAUGUCCUAAAAUGAGAUAAUCUGAGAGAACAAAUGGACUUCCUCUGCCUCCUCUCUGUGUUCUGCUGAAUUACUCUACUGGGUCAGAACCAAACCAUCAGAACCAGAACAAUCAGCCAUGAGCUGCAAGUAUUGAACAUGUUUUUGUCUAAUUAGGUGAUUUUAUGGCUCCAUUUUGCCAGAUCACAUAGUAGCAUUUCUACCUAAAGCGAAACAUUAACAGCCAAUCCAUGUGAUCAAUAUCUGUGAUCGAUAUCUGUGAUCGAUAUCUGUGAUCAGCAGUGAUCGGACCUCAUGGUGAUCAGAACCGGCAGGAAAAAGCCUGAUGGGAGCGUCUCUACCCAGGAGUAAUAUAAUGGUUUAGAGUUCAUUGAAAUCUUUUCUGUUUUGAAAGAAGCAACAUUUGGGGAACUUGUGAAUGAUUACAUUAUUGAUUAUUGAUUACAUUAUUGAUCAUACUUGGUUCUGCUUCAGAUAAUCACAUUAAACUGAAUUAUUAUGUUGUCAUUAUUGUUCUUACAUUGGGGAGAUUGAACAUUUCUGUUUUUAUCAAGUUUUUAAAUUAAACUGUAAAAAGUUCAGAAAAUCAAAUCAAUCAACUGAACAUUCUGAUUUUAUGAGGAUCUGAUUGAAAUGUUUGUUACAAAGUUGAUACUGCAUUAAUUUUUAUGUGAAUUAAAUUGGUGUGUUUAAUUUGUGUUUAUUGUAAUGUACUCUUACUGGAUGUAAUAAUAUUUUUAUUAUUUCAAGGAUUUUGACCCGUUUACUGGCCGACAUUUAUUAUAUAAAUCAUUUAUUGCAAACAAUUAAAAAGUAUUGAACUAAAAAUGCAAUAUCUAAUUUCUGGUGCAGAAAUAUUAAUCACUAAUAAAGUAUC